GGAUCUACAGAGUUAACAAAAAUGUGUGCCUAAGGCAAAUAAAAAAUGAAGUAUAAAGAGCCUACACUAGCUAAGUGAAAUUCUUGACACUGUAGUGUGCAACAUGAAUUUAAAUAAAUGUUCCCUCCUCUUCUCCCCUCUCUAUAGGAACUGAGCUAUACUGGCUCUGAAUGAAGUCUGUGUGCUGCUGGAUUAGAAUGUUGUGACGAUAACAUCAGCCUGACUCCGCUCUGACUGCGGCAGGUGGGAGCCCAGGGGUCAGGUAACGGUGACACUGGGUCAUUUCUGUGAGCGAGGGCUGAGUCAGGAGUGAAGCAGUGCUGCUUUUGAUUGACGGACAGCUCGGUGGGAAACAAGGCCUCGAGAGAGAGCGAGAGUCCGGUAACAGGAGUGAAAGCGUCGCAACAGCAAUAUCAUCUUUCAGUCUUUACUGCCACUCGUCUUUCACAACAUGGCCUCUGCGGUAGCACCGUUCUCCUCUGUCGCUGCCUCUUUGGGGAUGUAGAAAGACACGGGACACACGCACGGACACAUUCUUGCAUGCUGCCGAAGAGGAAAAACUGGGGAAGUGUCUUAAGGUCCUUAAUAGAUAAACUGUGUUAAACGACACUGCUGUCACAACUACUGUUUCCUGGUUUUAGUGUUUCAGAGGGACUCAUAGUACCAUGAGUGUUUAGGAAGGUGCUUUCUCUGACUUUAUAUGUUCCUGUGUAACAUCGAAGGCCAAUGCGUGUGGCUCGAGAGCCCAUCAUGGCCAGACCGCUGCUUAAGAUCCACCGCUAUUUCCACCGUAAACCGAUACGCUUUUUCUCUUUCAUCCUCCUUUACCUCACCGCUGGAAGUCUUGUUUUCCUGCACUCCGGCUUCUCCAGCGAUACUUCCACUACUGGAGCUUCUGGAAGCGGUCGUGACCCACUUAUAUCUGAAGGUGGGGGCGGCACAGGUGCUGGGAGCUCUUCCUCUGAUGCUCUCGGGCUCCUAGGAAGAGUGUUUAAGGAAACAAGAAGAACCCCCCGGAGAUUUGGACCACCAUGGAUGAAGGAAAAUGGGGCACAGGAUGCACCGGAGUGGGCCGGAAGAGGAUUCGAUCAUACCAGCAGCUGGAGCCAUGGAGCCAAAGGAAGAACCACCAAAGAGAUGGACGAUGGGAGAGCAAAGUACAUCGGAUGUUAUGUUGAUGACACACAGAAGCGGGCUCUUAGAGGGGUUUCCUUUUUGGACUACAAAAAAAUGACUGUCUUCCGUUGCCAGGACAACUGCGCUGAAAGGGGUUAUCUCUAUGCGGGUCUGGAGUUUGGAGCGGAGUGCUACUGUGGACAUAAGAUCCAGGCACCAAACGUUUCAGAGAGUGAAUGUAAUAUGGAGUGUAAAGGGGAAAAGAGUAACAUCUGUGGAGGACCUAAUCGACUGUCCAUAUACAGACUGGAGUUGAGCCAGGAGUCAGCCCGCAGAUAUGGGAGUGCCAUCUUCAAGGGCUGUUUCAAGAGGCCAGAGAACGUGACCCUGGCACUUCCUGCUAGUGCCGUUAUUAAAAACAUGUCAGUGGACAAGUGUGUUGACAUGUGCACAGAGAAAGAAUUCUCUCUGGCAGCCUUGGCUGGUGAAAAAUGUCACUGUGGAUAUCCUACUUCGCUCUUCACCCUGCAUGAGCAUGAGGAUGAGGAACUGUGUCUCCAGCACUGUGCAGGAGAAGACUUUGAGAGCUGUGGAAACAAUGACUUCUUUGUAGUGUACCAGACCCAGGUGCAAGAUAAUCGUUGUAUGGACCGGCGCUUUUUACCCACUCGUUCCAAGCACCUAGUGGCACUAGCUAGUUUCCCAGGAGCAGGGAAUACAUGGGCCCGUCACCUGAUUGAGCUGGCCACGGGUUACUACACCGGGAGCUACUACUUUGAUGGCUCACUGUACAACAAAGGUUUCAAAGGGGAGAGAGAUCACUGGCGCAGUGGUAGAACCAUAUGCAUCAAGACCCAUGAGAGCGGCAAGAAGGAGAUCGAGGCCUUCGAUGCCAGCAUUCUUAUGAUCCGCAAUCCUUAUAAAGCACUCAUGGCAGAAUUUAACCGCAAGUAUGGUGGCCAUAUUGGAUUUGCCUCUCAAGCUCAUUGGAGGGGGAAAGAGUGGCCAGAGUUCGUGAAGAACUACGCUCCAUGGUGGGCAUCCCACACACUGGACUGGCUGAAAUAUGGAAAGAAAGUUCAAGUGGUACACUUUGAGGACUUAAAACGGGAGCUUUUCUCUGAGCUAAAAGGCAUGGUCAUCUUUCUGGACCUAGAAGUCUCAGAGGACCGCCUGCUGUGUGUGGAAGGACAGAAGGAUGGGAACUUCAAACGCUCUGGGCUGAGGAAGCUGGAAUAUGACCCUUAUACACCAGAGAUGCGUGCAACUAUUGACAGGCUUAUUAAGACCGUGGACACGGCACUCAGAAAGAGAAACCUGUCUGGUGUACCCGAGGAGUACAGACCCAGAUGAUACCCAUCUCUUCAUUUACUUCAAAACCAUUUUCCCCCUAGAAUAUGAAAUUGUUUUCAUUCUCCUUGAUUGCUUUCAGUUUUAAGAAUUGUGCGGUAUGUAUUGCACAAAUGAACUGCUGAAAAACUGUUUGCCCUUUCAUUAAUAGUCUACACUACAUAGUAAGACAUGGGCUUGUGCAACAAUUUGCUUUGAGUUUAAUCACUUUGGAUCUAUCUUCCUUAGGCUAAUAUAAGUGUGUGACUCAUUACGGGAAAUGACUGUUCACGCUUCUUAUGAAAGAAGUGUCCGUUGCCAUCAAGACAUCCGGGACAGCUAUUUAGAUAAACUCAUGAUAUGUGUCAGAAUAAUUUAUUAAAUCAGCUUUUCCUUCAACUACUGGACUAAACUAUGAUCAGUUAAGCACUUCAGUCUCAUUGGGAAUAUCUGGACAGCGAUGUUCAUUUUUAACAUCUGAACCCCAGUUUCCUGUUACCACAAAUAUCUGGAAAUUGCUUUCAGAUGUUAUAAUGCUUCUUAGAUCUGAUAUGGACCACAAAAAUCCUCAAGUUAUACAACGUGAUCAGAUUAAUGCAUGGGCAACUCAAAAACACAUUGUCUGGUACUUGCGUUCAGUGAUUUGCAGGCAAAUUGCAGCCCUUAUCGAGCUAUCGGUUUAGAUGAAAGCAACCAAAUUCUUCUGUUUUGUGUUUAGAGCACUUCUACGUUGAGAUUGUUCCAUUGAGUUAAUUGAUUUCUUUUUUCUUUUUCUUCUCACUGAGGUUUUAAGAUGUA